AUGAUGUAAGAAAGACAUUUAAGAUCAAAUGAAAAAGUAGAUAGAUAAUUAGAUUAUUAAACCAUGAAAAUGAUAUCACCAUAAGCUGAUGUGAAUUUCAAAAAAGAAAAUUCAAAUCCUUUAGAUUAAAAUUGCAGCGCUUAUUUAUUAAAGGGUUAUGAAAGAUAAGCUCCAUAUAAAUCAAAUCAGAUUGAUUAAAAUCGUCAAACAGGAGAACCAUUAAAAAUGGCAUCUAACAAUAACCCAUAUCUAAAGCAAUCUGUAAACAAUAACCAUGAGUAAGAACAAACAAAACCAUUUAUUCGUGCAUAUUAAGAAGGAGAACAAAGAAAGCCUUUAGAUUAAGUUAAUUACAAAUAAGAAUAGCGAUUAUUAAAUCAAAGAGAAAUUACUAGUCCUUAUGGGAAUCUUGAUAACAAAAAAAGAGAUCCAAUUGAUACUAGAACUCCUUUUGAUCCAAAUACAAACAUGAGUGCCUAUACUCCAUAAUCAAGAUAAGAUAAUUAUCGUAGAGAUGUCUAAUAAUCAGAAUAAAAAAGAGAUUUUCAAUUACCUGAAUACAAAAGAAUGUAUCCUGAUUAGGAUCCUAGAAUCCCUUAGAGAUAGAUGAGUGCUUUUGAAAUGAAGUAGAACCCAAUUGAUUAAGGAGAUAAAGCUAGAUAUGAUUAGGAAAGAAUAAGAACAUUAGGAGGAUAAUAAGAAUAGCCUGAAAGAAUGGAUAGAUUGAUAAGAGCAUCUGAUUAUACAAGAAAAUCUGACAAUAAUGAUUUUUUAGAAUAAGAUAAAAGAGUAUUAGAAAGAAGAGAAUUUAAUUAAAGAGGUGGAGCAGAUCAAGGUUUCUCUGAUUAAAGAAAUACUGCAAAAUCUUAAGAAUACUCUUAGAGAUAAUAAAUUUAACUAACAAGACCUUAAGAAGGAUCUAAAACUCCAAUUGAAGGAAGAAUUAAUGAAAAAAGAGGUUAUGAUGAUCAAAUGUAAUAAGAAGGAAGAUUUAAUCAAUCAUAAUUUACUAAUCCUUAUCUACAAGGAAGAACUUAGUAAUAAUAAUUUUAUGAUAUGAAACCUCCUUUAGAUGAUCAAAGAAGAAUGCUCAAUCCUUAUGAUGAGAGAAGAAAUGUAAACCCAUAUGAAACUAGACCUUAAAUUUAAGAUUAGAGAUCACCUUUUUAAAAAAGACCUGAUCGGGUUGAGAUUGAAAAAAGAUUAGAACAUCCUGAAUUUGAAAGAAGACAUGAUGUUUAAAAUAGAUCUCCUUAUUAAGCAAGAUUUGGCCCAGAAGGAAAAUCUGAAGUUGACUAAAGAUUACCUCCUUAAGAUCGACAAUUGUAAGGGUAAAAUUAUGAAAGAUAUUAAUAAUCAGGAUAUAGGUAAGGUAUGGAUGGAAAAUAUCAAUAUGAAGUAAGAUAACCAUAAUAAACCUAAUUUCAAGAAACCCCUGUUAAUGGUCCUGGAUUAUAAGAAGUGAGAUAAGGAAUGAAUUAUAGAAAAUAUUCAGAUGGCCGAUCUAUUUAAGAUGGAUAAAUGGAAUAUAGAGAUGGUUAAGAAGGAAAACCUAGAUUAAUGGAAGGGAGAUCUGGAUUCCCUGAAGGAAGACCAGAAUUACACGAGGCGAGACCAGGAUUUGAAGGAAGAUUUGGAUUACCUGAAAGAAGACCUGGGUUCCCUGAAGGAAAACCUGGAUUUGAAAGAAGACCUGAAUUUGAAGGAAGACCUGGAUUACCUGAAGGAAAACCUGGGUUCGUUGAAGGAAGGCUUGGAUUCCCUGAAGGAAGACCUGGACUAACUGAAGGAAGACCUGGACUACCUGAAGGAAGAUUAGGAUUUGAAGGAAGACUUGGACUACCUGAAGGAAGAUUAGGAUAUGAAGGAAAACCUGGAUUCCCUGAAGGAAGAACUGGAUUCCCUGAAGGAAGACUUGGAUUACCUGAAGGAAGAUUAGGAUUUCAAGGAAGACCUGGAUUCCCUGAAGGAAGAACUGGGUUCCCUGAAGGAAGAACUGGAUUCCCUGAAGGAAGACCUGGAUUCCCUGAAGGAAGACCUGGAUUACCUGAAGGAAGAUUAGGAUUUCAAGGAAGACCUGGGUUCCCUGAAGGAAGACCAGGAUUAAUGGAUGGUAUAUAAUAGUAGGUUGAUGGUCGAGGGGGAUUUAAUAGGACAUGCGAGGAAGAUCGAUAUUAAGGAACCCCUCUUCUUGAUGGAAGAACUGGAUUCGAUGGAAACAGAGAAUAGUUUGGUACUAGGCCUCCAAUAUAAAGUAGACCUUUUGAGGAAAGAGGAACUUUUGAAUAAAGAGCUCCUAUGGAGAGUAGAAAUCAAUAUUAAAGAGGAUUUGAUGAUAAGUUUGGUGAUAGGUAAUUUGAUUAAAAAUAUUCACAAUAAUAAGACAUUAUUGGCAGAAAAGAUUUAGGAAGACCUGAGUAUGGAAAGGUGAGGGAAGAAAUUGAUAGAAGAAAUGCUUAUGGUAGGCAAGAAAUGGAGGAGAAUCUGUCAGAAUUUGGAAAAAGAAAAGAGUUUGAUGGUAGGAUAAGACCAGAAACAAGUUUUGGAAAGCCUUAGUAGCCAGAAGAAAGGUAUUUAAGAAGGGAAUAUAAUGAUUAAGGAUAGAGAUUGAGUUAUCAUGAAGAUACAUCAGUAAUUGAUAGAUUGGGAUUAGAGAGAGGAACAAAUAGAAAAAUAAUUGGUAAUUAAGCUGCAGAAAAUAUGUUGAGAGGAGAACAACAAAUGAACAGAUAAUAUGAUAGAGAGAGAGGAUUCAAUAGAAUAGGAAUGGGAGAAAGAGUGGCUAGUUUUACAAAUAGUAAAAUGGGUUAUUAAAGAACUGCUGUUUAAGAUAGGGAGGAAUAUUAAGGUUAUGUUAGAUCAAAACAAUUACUUAAGCCAUCAUUAGGAAAUGAUCCAAAUGAUUUUUAGAGAAUGAAAUCUCAAGAUUAGGGAUUCCAAAAAUGUAUAAAUAUAAAAUUUAUUUAUAAGUAUUAAGUCCAAAGGGUUAAGUUGAAACCAAAGUUGGAAUAUAUGAUAUUUAGAGAAGAGAUGGUAGAAUAUGA